AUGCAGGAAGCAGAUAAAAAUAAAGUCGUUGUUCUUCCACUCGGAUCGCUGGAGCAGCAUGGUCAUCACUCUCCACUACUGACGGAUACCUAUCUUGUGACCGCAGUAGCGCAGCGGGUCGAACAAGAACUCAGUGAGCAGAUCUAUCUGCUACCGACGUUAUGGCUUGGUGCAUCGGAUCAUCAUCUAGAUCGCCCUGGCACUGUGAGCGUCCCCAAUCACAUUUACACGCUGAUGAUUAAAAACAUCGUCAGGUCUUUCGCCAAGGCAGGGUUUCAGCGUGUGUUUUUGCUCAAUGGUCACGGAGGCAAUGUUGUUCCGGGUACGCAAGCAAUCACAGAGCUAGCGAACGAAUCGGAUAUUUAUGACAAUAUGUGGAUUGCGCUGUCCUCUUAUUGGACGGUGGCUGAACCGGCGAUGGCACCAGAACACCACGGGAUGGAGACGCCGCAUCUGACGCAUGCCUGUGAGUACGAAACCUCAAUGAUGUUGUUCUUGCACGGCGAGAUCAUGCGGAUGGACCGGGUGACGUCCAGUCCGCCACUGAUAGAUUCGCCGUUUUACCACAGCGAGCACGGCGGACGCAUCAAUGUCGGCAAGCGAUUAGUCACGUGGGCACCUACCGGGGCAAUGGGGAAACCUCAACACGCCACGCCGGAAAAGGGGGAAUCUUUGCUUAACGCCAUCACCGGUGAGGUGGUAGCCUGCAUCAAGGAUUUCGAGACGUGGUAG